AUGGGAGGCCCGGUCGGGGUUACAUCCUCAAGCCGCAUCACAGCCCUGCUCAAGGGCUUAGAGAGGGAGAGAGCGUCGCUCCCCAGGCAUCCGUCAGCACGCCCUCAGCGCCAAGCGAUCACCGUCCACCAGCUGAAGGCUCUCCGCCAGUUCUUGGAUCUCUCCUUGUACUCCCCGGCAGACAGACUAAUGCUAUGGGCUGGUCUGACGACAGCCUUCCACGGCCUGCUGCGUGUGAGUGAGUACACGUCGCUGUCACCACACGGUCUCGGCGGCUUCAAGACGCUGAGGCGUGAACACCUCCAACUAGCCCAGCAGGAGGCCUCUCUGCAGCUCCAGAGAACGAAGACGCCUCAAUUAACAGCAGGCGGGGAAGUAGCGCUGCACCGCUUUGCUGACCCCGCACUAUGUCCCGUCCGAGCCCUGCAGGCUUACGUUCGGUCCAGCAAAUGGAGCAAUGACAAGCAACCCCUCUUCAAGUUUCAGGAUGCUCGCCAUCUCAUGCCGAACGACAUCAAUGCUGUCCUACACAAAUGCUGUCCAAGCAUCAGCGGCCAUUCCUUACGCGCCGGGGGAGCCACACACACGGCAGAUCGAGGCGCCCCACAGUAUGCCCUGACGGCUGCAGGCCGCUGGUCCAGCGGGGCAUAUCGUACGUACAUUCGCAGGCCCGCAGGCAUGCCACAGCACUACUAG